AUGCCGGAUGGUUAUAUGCCAAGACUUUAUCAAAUACCAACCAUAUCUCAAGAAAACCUGAACAGCUACUCUGAUCUUGAAGAUCCCAGCCGCGCAUCGAUAGCGCAACAGGCAGGGUCGCGUGGUGGUAAACGACGAUCUGUAACGGGGACUGAUCACGUCAAACACCAGAGAACACGAAGUGGUUGCUUUACUUGCAGACAGCGUAGAGUCAAGUGUGACGAAACUCAUCCAAUCUGCGAAAGAUGUCGGAAAGGUAAACGCGAAUGCCACUAUCCCGAACCCACUACAGGCUCGUCAUCAAAGUCUUCGAAAGGUAACAAAAAUAAGGGCUCCGCUGGCGAAGCCUCAAACUCAUCUGGCGAGGACUACGAUAUCAACGAAGCCGGCAGACUUCCUUCCAUUCCUGAUGACGAAGAGAUUGAAGAGGGCGCGUCGAGCUUGUGUUCCAAGGAGGACCGCAAACUGUCUGAUGCAUCUUCCAACUCGAGGGACCAGAGUCCUCUAAUCAAAAGUCCUGCAACCACGGACAGCUCCAUCACAUCAUCAGUUCGACCUAGUACACGCCCACAAAUCCGCAGCCAAAGCUCAAGAAAGUCUUUGAAGUCCAAACCACCACCAAACAGCAAGUGGGCACAUUUACCAAAAGACGUCAAGUUUUACAUCACCUACCACCGGGAGAAACUGACGCACCAACACUAUGCCAUGAAGUACGAUAGCGGAGACUUCUUGAAAACGACAUUCUUGGAGAUAGCACUAGGAUACGAGCCACUUCUUUACGCAAUCACCGCAUUCUCUGCUUAUCAUCAUACAAUGGCAAAACCCGAUGGCAAACUUUCGAGUUUCUUGGGUUAUUACAACAAAUCGGUCUCGUUACUACGCCAAUCCUUGGAGAGGAGCCCGAGGCAUACCGUAGCCACUUUACUUACUAUCCUGCAACUGGCCACUUUUGAAGAAUUUCUGGGCGACUGGGUCAAUCUGAUGGGCCAUCAGAGGGCUGCUUACGAGAUUCUUACCGAGCUUUUUACACCACAAACCAUCAUGCAAAGCGAAACACACCGCAAGAUCAUCUCGUGGUACAUUCGAUUCGACCUUUUCGCAGGAUUCAUGCAUGGCUAUGGGAUGGUGCUGUCUCGUGACUGGCAUGUGGCGUGCAUGGAGUUUUACGUUCGACAGGCUAGAGACAAACCUCGUGACCUAGGCUCACUGUUUGAGGAAAAGUUUGCCCGGUCGCGACUGCUGGCAACCGACAUCUCUCUACUGUUCGCACGAGCCAAAACCGCUGGCCCGAGCCAAGAGCUCAUUGAGGAAAUGGGCAAACUAGGCGCUCAACUAGAAACUUAUGCUCAUGAGCUCGAGUCCGCCUUCAAGGACACACGGACAUACGUCAAAGAAUUCCCCAAUGCACCAAAGGGAGAAUGGGACGACGUGGUAGGCUCUACAGAUCCCGAGUUCCUAUGGGCAGGAGACCUGUUUACAUGGAACUUCAUCCUGAUUGAUUUUUGGGCCAUCCAUCUCCUCUUCAAGUCACAGAUUGCUCAAUUCGACCCCACGGUGGGUGGAGAAGAGGUUGUGGCGUCGGCAUUCAAGGUGUGCAAGAUGUUCGAGGCGCUACAGUACUGUGGCGAAGAUGCGACGGCAAUGAUUCUGGGCGCGCAAGCAAGUCUGGGAAUGGCUGCUGCAUGCUUGCCAAAAGAUCAACGACACACCAUGUGGUGCCGCAACAAGUAUGCUCUAAUCGAGCAAUGCGGCUACAUCUACCCUGCCGCACUACGACAACGCAUGACCGGCGUUUGGGGCGUCGAUGUAAUGCGUUGGUGGCUCCCCAACGACGAAGGCUAUUACCCCAUGCUCCAAGCCGUGCGCGAAUUCAUCGACUACCGCGCGCGAGUACCACAAGACACUGUACAAUCCGAUCUACGCGACAUGAAAGGUCUCUUCAAAGCACUCCAACUCGACGACACGGACUCCAAGAAGGAUGCGGGUAGUGCAGGAGGAACGGAUUCGUCUGAUCCUUUUGACUUUGAACCUGCGGGGAGUAUGCCUUGGGAGAGCAGUCCAGAGAUGAAUUGGCCCUAG